GAGAGAGAGAGGAGUAGGAGGAGGACCCAGUACACGUGCUACCCCAUCACCACCGGCGACCACCACCACCGGCUCCAACUUGGCAACCACCUCCACCCUACAAAAAGUUUUCAAAAAUUGCGAUGCACCACCUUCCAAGCUCCACCGCCAAGGCUGGCAAAGAAGUUGCAAUGAGCAUGGAGGAGUCAGCCACAAAACCUUCUCGUCCUCAACUAGUGAAGUUAGACAAGGCACUCAAAUUGGCUGAAAACUGGGUUAAUAAUAUGUCUAAAUCUACGGAAGAAGAAUCGGGUGAAGUUGAAUUGGAGGGUCGACCUCUUAGGCUUGGAUUAGGUGCUACGGUUCCACGGCAGUCCAGGGUUGGACCGUUAAAUGACCCUGUUGAUCGGAGAUUGCAUGCUAAAUUAGAAGCUGGAAAGAGGAAAGCUUCCCAGAGAAUGGAGGAGGAAUCCAGCCCAUCUGUAAGAGGUGGGUACAAUGUUAAAGAUGAUGAAGACAACGACGAUGAUUUGGAUAGCCGAACAAAUUUAUUCGCUAAGAAGAGAAUGAUGCCCUUGACCUCAUCUUUACGAGCAAAGAAGCAAAAGUGAUUUGUUCUGGCCGAUACUUCGUUACAUGGCCCUCCGAGUGUUUGCGAUGGUAGGAUUUUGCGCCCUCCGAGUGUUUGCGAUGGUAGGAUUUUGCGCUGUGGCUAGCUUUUUGUUAUGAUAUCACAAUAAAUGCUGUCAAUUUGUUUAAUUAUAGCAAAUGCAAUGUUGCUUCAA